CGAUGCCUCGCCGGUCCGAGUCAGCUCGGCAUAAAUAAACUGGGAAUAAGCAAAAAUUCGCUGCUGUUGAAAUAUGUGAAAAAACAAAUACAAGAUGAAAGAAAAAGUGAAAAUAAUUUACAUUUUUCUUUAAAUAAGCAAAUAUUCAGUGAUAUAUUGAUGCUUGACAUAAAAAAGAGAAGGGAAGACAAAUCAAAGAGAAUCAAACCGUAAAACGGUACUUUCUAUUCCGUUCAUAGACGAAAAAAAAAGAAAACUAUUUGCUGGUCGAAUUAUUUAGGGACGAAUUGUCAAGUUCCGAUUAGAUGACCCCAUCAUACGUGUCGUCUCGACCUCAUCUUGUGAUACACGGAUGUUGAAUAGGAUAGAUCCUUUCUCACUAUUAACUGCUUGAAAUCAAGCAGAAUGGCAGAAGCUAAAACUCCUGAGAACUUCCAGGGAUGGCUGUAUAAAUGGACAAAUUACAUUAAAGGUUACCAGAGACGAUGGUUUGUGCUGUCGAACGAGCUCCUCUCGUAUUACAGAAACCAGGCAGAGAUGUCCCACACAUGCAGGGGUACCAUCAAUCUCGCUGGAGCAUACAUCGAUACGGAAGACUCAUGUAACUUUGUGAUUUCUAGUGGGGCACAGACAUUUCAUCUGAAAGCAAGCUCUGAGGUGGAACGCCAGCGAUGGGUGACUGCCCUGGAGCUGGCGAAGGCCAAGGCUAUACAGAUGAUGGAGGAGGAUUCCGAUGAUGAUGAGAAGAUACAUCCCCAAGAGACAGACCACAACGAGGUACAAACAACACUCCGCCAACUCACCAGCAAGCUAGAGGACCUGAACACCUGCAACGAUCUCAUUGUCAAACACGGCGCAGCACUACAGAGGUCACUGUCUGAGUUAGAGACCACAGACGAUCCGGCGCAGGCCUCAUCCCGUUUGAAGGGGAUCAAUGAGAGGGCGACACUAUUCCGGAUAACAUCCAACGCCAUGAUCAAUGCAUGUGCUGAUUUUCUUGAGCUUGCCCAGACCCAUGGUCGCAAGUGGCAGAAAGCCAUUCACUAUGAACACACACAGAGGAUUCGUCUAGAGGAGACCAUCGAAACUCUUGCCAAACAACACAACUCAUUAGAGCUUGCUUGCCGUGAAGCCAGCCAGGAUAAGACCAAAGUUAACUCUGACGAAAGCAAGGAUGAUCAUAGCGAUGAUGACGAGAAUGAAUUCUUUGAUGCCAUAGAGCAGUUUCAGUUCACAACCUCUGUUCAGCUGCCAAGAGACAAUUCUAAUAUACAUCAUAGGAGAACACCCAGCGAGGGGAGUGUGGCAAGCACUGAAGCCAGCAGUGGAGAAGAGAUGCAGCCGGGGGUUGAGGCAGUCGUCCAGAUUAACAAGUUGGAUGAGGGAAACAAUCUACCACACCGGUUGAAGACACAGCCCAAAGUAGGACCAAUGGUGAAACAGAGGCGUAAGAAGAUCCCUGAGAAACCUAACCAGAGUCUGAGUCUCUGGAGUAUCAUCAAGAACUGUAUCGGCAAGGAACUAUCCAGGAUACCCAUGCCGGUCAACUUUAACGAGCCGCUUUCCAUGCUCCAGCGGCUGACAGAGGAUGUGUUUUACAGCGACCUCCUCAACAUGGCUGCCCAGUGUGAUGACACCUGCGAGGAGAUGGCUUACGUGGCAGCAUUCAUCACAUCAGCUUAUGCUGAAACGUCAGUUCGUACGACCAAGCCAUUCAAUCCCCUCCUUGGAGAGACAUUCGAGUGCGAUAGGAUGGAUGACUUAGGGUGGAGAGCAAUAAGUGAACAGGUGAGUCACCAUCCGCCUGCAGCAGCCUUCCAUGUAGAGAGCAAAGACUGGACGCUGUGGAUGGAGACCACCAUCAGCAGCAAGUUCCGUGGAAAGUACCUCCAGAUCUUCCCUCAGGGCACCGCCCAUAUCUCCUUCAAGAAGUCUGGUAGUCACUACACAUAUACCAGAGUUACAGUCACCGUCCAUAACAUCAUUGUAGGAAAACUAUGGGUUGACCAGUCUGGUGAAUGCGAGCUUCUUAAUCAUACAACCAAAGAUGUCUGUCGACUAAACUUCAAACCCACCAGCUACUUUUCUAGAGAUGUCCCAAGGAAGGUAACUGGUGUAAUCAUGGAUGCCAACAAUACAGCCAAAUAUGUGUUAUCAGGGACAUGGGAUAAGAAGAUGGAAUGUGCAGAGGUGCAGAACAUCACGAUAGAGAAAUCAGGUCGGGGCAAACCGGUCUAUAACUGUGGGGCAACCAAAGUACUCUGGCAGAGGAACCCUCCUAUGCCAAACUGUGAGCAGAUGUACAACUUCAACGAGCUGGCUGUGACCAUGAAUGAGCCCGAUGAUGAUGUGGCGCCCACGGACAGCCGGAACAGGCCCGACCAGCGUCUGAUGGAGGAUGGUUAUUGGGAUGAGGCCAACCAGGAGAAACUCAGGCUAGAGGACAAGCAAAGGACAAAGAGAAAAAAGAGGGAAGCGGAAGCAGCACUUGCUGCUGAAGCAGGUAAACCAUAUGAAGGCUACCGACCAGUGUGGUUUGAACGACGGAUGGACCAGAUCACAAAAUCCAUGGCAUAUACAUAUAAAGGAGACUACUGGAGCAGCAAAGAAAAGCAAGAAUGGAACGUUUGCCCAGAUAUAUUUUGAUGUGAACUCUGUCAGCCUCUCCUUUUGAUUUUUCUUCCUCGUUCGCAUAAAACUGAUUAGUUGAUUAUCAGCUGCUGAGAACGACGUGAUCCUCCAUUUUUAACGGAGUGGUGAUGACUUCCUGAGCAGGUUUAACAGCGGAUGCUGCAUGCCAGAGGACCUGUGCAAGGGGAAAUAUGAAUUCCUUUUGUUCGACGUCAUCUUGGAAUGCUGGUCUUUAAAUGGGCAAUUAACGAAACUUGUGAAAUGAUAAUGAGCUUCGUAUUUUGAAUUAGAGGAAUGGUAGAGUGAUGCUAUAACUGGACCACAAUGGCUUCAGAUGGUUUUACUAAAAAUGAGUUGGAUUUUAAAGGAUUAUUGAGAAAUGAAGAUAUAUCUAUGUGCAUUUGGAGAUUUUUUUCUCAGAGAUAUACUAUGUGGAAUUAUGUGAUUAUGACUUGGAUGUCAAAUAGAAGCAGCUUUGGAUAAUGUGAAUGACUCCUAUGGAGGGAAAGGAUGUAUAUGACGAAAAACUUUCCGAAGGAUGAUCUCAAAAUGAGUGACGAUCGUUCCAAUUAUAUCCUUCCUUUGAUGUGAGAGAUUAACUUAGUUUAAUCUGAAAUAAAGAUUAUAUAUGGAUCAUGUUUGUUUGUUUUUUGUCUGUAUUACAUUGAGUGCAUAUUGGGUUGCCAUUUAGGCACACUCUUGCAAAGCUCAGUGAGUGUAUAGGAAGAAGAAAUAUCUAAUGACACCAAAUCAGUUUUUUUUUAUAUGAAGUAAAUUCCCUGAAUAAUUUAUGGCUUAGCCAUGCACAGGGAAUUUUAGAAGUUUAUAGAUAUUUGUAACAUUGCAUUAUGUUGGAAAUGAUAUUGUCCCGAUUCUUUCAAUAUUUGAAGAAUACCGUUAUGUUGUUAGAUCCCCAUUACCCCAAGUUAAGUAUUCAUAUUGAAUUCUGCCCGAUUGUAGUAUAUGAAUCUAUUUCUAUUUACCAUUGCGAUUCCAUUUUAUAAGUACGCUGUGUGAGGCAAAUUGUAGUAUCCAUAUUUCACAAUUUAUUCUGCUGUAUACCUUAUGGAUGUGAUAUGCUAAAUUUUAUUGAAGCAGUAUUUCAUUUUCAAGAGAUGUAUAUGUGUGGAUUUGCUUAUUAUUUGCUUUAAAACGGCAAUAUUCAAGGUAGACAUCAGAAACCAAAUAUUAUUGAUAUGUUUAUAUUUUCUAUGGAAAAAUUAAUUUGAAGUAGAGAGAGAGAGGGAGACAGACAUAGAGACAAAGAAAAGGGAGUGGAGAGGGGGGAUAUUAAUUGACACAGUAAGUGAAUGUGACUCAAGUUUAGCACUGACAUACUCACUAAUUGUGUGAGAACUGUCAAAGGAAAGCUGCAUGCACUAGUUGUUCUUUUGUAUCUCUCUCACCCUAUUUCUCUUUCUCUCUUUCUCUCCUUGUGUUUUUCAUCUCUUCUUUUACCAUCCUGUCCAUCUUUUUGUAUGUGUUUCACUCUCACUAUAUAUAUCUAUCUUUCCUUCUCCAUCGUAUCCUCCUCCCCCUCUCUCUAUAUCUUCACUCUUCUUUUAUCUGUUGUAAAGUGAUAUAUUCUGUGAGUGAUCUAAGCAAAAUGUGCUUUUCAUUAAGCAUUUGAAUUAUUUUCUUCAUAUUGUGCUAUUACAUGCCUAAUACUACUCAAAUUCUAUAUACUUUGCGUUGUGCCAUCAUCCAUAGCAUAUUUGUGCUUCACAUAUUUUCUUUCUUUCUUAUUUCUUCAAUCUCUUUCCCCUUUUAUUUCUCAAAUCAUAUAAUGACAGUUUUAUCAGAGGGUGAAAUUCUGAAAUUUCAUUUCCACAAAAUUCAUAUAUUUAUGUAACUCUAACAAAGAAUAAGAUUAAAUAGUUAUAUGAAUGUGCAAUUUGUAUUUGUAAUGAAAUAUGGAAGUUGCAUAAAUGGAAUACAAUGUGGAUAGAAAAUGAAUUAUGAUAAAGGUAGAAUUAACUAUAAAACAUUUCGAGAGUUUGCUAAGAACGUUAUAAAUUCCAUCAUACUCUAGCACAAAAAUAAUCAGUAAUGGAGUGUUGAAAGUAUGUAACACUGUAAAUUCAUUUAUUUGGAAUAUAACUUUUGCUACCAUUUAACACAAUGUUAAAUCUCCUUUAGGCCUUUUUCCACUAAUCAUACUAAAUAAAGGAUGAUUUCAUCAAAAUAUUGUCCAGAAUAUUAACACAAUCUCUUCUAAAUUCUCAGCCAGCUUUGUACAUUUUUUUUAUUUCAGCAAUACACAUUAUUAGAUGUAUAUCAGUUUGUUUUGUUAUAUAUCCUCUUCUUGUGGAAUGCCUCCAUUUUAUUGCUAAGUUUCAAUAAAGCAUAUUCUGACACUUCAAUGUUUUGUUGAAGAUUAUAUCAUAGCCACUGUGCUAAAGGAAAUCCUUACUGGACUGUCAGAAGUUCUUCCUACAUGUGUUUGUAUACUUUCAUGUACAUGGUUACUGAAAUGUGAUUUUAAACACUAAUCAUUAACUUUACAACAUUUGAAUCACAAAGAUAACAAUUUUAUUUGAAAUGACUUUAGUUUGCUUCUGAACGAUUGACAAAUCGUUGUCCAUAGUUUCUUUCAUGCAUUCUAUUGGUAAUGGCUACAUUUAAAGAUGCAGACCUUGCAGCUGUCCACAUAGUAUGAUUUCAAAGGUGUUGGUGUUUGGUGUUAAUGUUUAGCAAGUGAAUAAGGCUACUGAGCUGAGCUCAUACACCAAAUUCAAGUUUAGGAAAUGAUGGUAUGGUGAUAUAUAUUCACGGCUCACCUCUGAGUAAUGGCAUUCACAAUACUGGCAUCAUUUUCAAGUUUGGUGUUAAUUUUGUCCAACACCAGCUUUGACACCAAUAUAUUGCCUAUUUCAUGUUUCAUGGCUCCCAUACUAAGUGGCAUUUCUUCUAGUUUAUUUACUGUGUGUGAUUUCCUUGAUAACCUCAGGAUUUGUCUUAUAAUUCUAUUACUUAAAUUUUUAGUUGUUAAAACAGUAAACGAAGAGGGGAAGUUCAUCCUGACAAAAGUUUAUUUAAAAUGGAAGUGGAAAACAUAACUCAUCAUCGAGUGAUUCAAUACACAAAUUCUCAACGGGAUAAAUUUAACCAAAGUAACAGAAGUAUUGCUCUUUAUUAUAAAUCAGUUCUAUAUGGCAAUGGUGUAUGAAUGUACCCUAGGUCCCACAACACAAAGGUUAAUUUUUUGCUUGAUUUUCAUGUUUGAUUGUACAUUGGAAAGUAUGGGUUGAAGUUUCUGAGGUAGUGAUUAAUCAAAGUUAAACACAAAUCGACCACUGAUGUGUUGUCCUAUUUUAUCUCUUUUAUUUCAUUUUUUUUUUCUUUCUGUAUUCCAUUGAAAGAGACAUUUUUUUCAUGGUGAACUUUCCCUCAUAGGGUAGAAAAUCAAAAUGUUAACCUCUGAUAAAGGAGAGAAAUUAGCACAGUUAUAAAUAUGAGCUACCUGAAGUAACUAGUAAGUACGUGUGGAGCGACGUUACAUUAUAUCUGUUAUAAGUUACUGAAAUAAUGGCAUUGAUUGGCUGAGAGCAAUUUUAUCAAAAAGAAAUGUAUUAACCUGGGCUAUUGAUAACAAAUGAUAUGAUGGAGUGCGGCUGGAUGUUAUUCAAUUCAUUGCUGUCUGUCAUCAAAAUUAAAAGUAUUUUACCAAGUUUUUGACUCGGGUUAGAUAUUUGUCCAAACAAGGCCUGAAUAUUUUACCUCUCGGUUCAAUACACACAUUGAAAAACAAGAAAUUAAAUCGGAUCUCUUAAUUGGCAAGUAAAUGUUUUUUUUUUUUUGUAUGAAGUGAACAUGAUCUGGUUUAUAUAUGAUAUGACAUGUCAGUUGUGCAUUAUUUUGCAUCAAAUUAUGGUUUGCGAUUUAAGCGGUAUUUUGGUAAUUGAUUUGGGGAAAUUUCUGAGCCAAGAAAAAUGACAUUUAUUAUACUUUGAGUAAUAAAUUGAAUACCACUCCAUGUUCAAUGAGAAUACAUAUUGGUGAGCAAAGUUACACAUUCAUGAUCUUGAAUAGUAGAAUUUGAGUGAAGUUGGUUAGCAAGAUGCAGUCAAAGACAAGUUUCAAACAUUGAUUUGGUGCAUCCACUUCAAUGCUUUUCAGCAAAGGAUAUGUAUACUUUACAUGUAUAUAUGCUUCCAUUUAAAUAAGCUUGAGUGCUGCAGGCCAAAACACCAUAUCACUGCACAUAAAAUGUACAUGUAUGCAUAGUUUAAUUUGGAAAGAAGAACAUUUGUCCUAUAUUAUGGUGUAUAUCCUAAUUUUCGAUGUGAAAUUCAUCAUUUUUCCAAUUUUCAUAAAGAAGUACUGUCAAAGUUCCAUUUUGUAUAUUUUAAUAAAUUUGACACUGAUUUUAUUUUUUACUAUUCAUGUACAAGACUCAAAAUGAGUCAAGUGGUUGCUUGGUUUUUGGCAUGAUAGAUUUGGAAUUUAAAUCUAAAGUAAUCCCGAUUUACCCUUCCUAUUAUGAAAAAUGUUAGGAUUAGGAAAAUACGAACCGCCCCCAUAGGUUAAUUAUUGAAGAAAAUUUGGAGUUUCUUCAUUUAUUUACAUGAUAUAGUGUGUUUUUAUGAAGAAUAUAUUCCUACCAUGUUGAUGUAAUGUAUAAAAAGAAGAGAAUAACAGAUGAAUGUACAUGUAUUAAAUAAUUAAAAAUAUUAAUAUAAAAA